CUCCUAAAAUAUUUAAUAUCUGUGGGCUCAAAACUUAAAUUUUACGGGCUUUAGUCCAGAGCCAGUCCUGCCUAGCACUAGACUAUCAUUUUGUUGGCAACCAUGUGCAGUCUGGUCAUCUCCGAGUCUCUUAUGUCUCCUCUGCUGAUUAACUUGCCGAGGCACUCACCAAACCUCUUCCGCGGCCUCGAUUCAACUUAUUAUGUGUCAAGAUUGGCCUCACCAACGGCGGUCCAUCUUGAGAGGGCGUAUUAGACAUAGAAACUAUAUCAAUCACUAACGGUCUGAUUCUCUCUUAAUGUCGUAUAUAUUCUAACUUCCUUACUUGUAAUCUCAUACUCUGUAUAUAUUCUGAGCUAUAUGCUCAUAUCAAUAGAUGUACAAUUCCUAAAUCUAAUAAACUCUUGCCUGAUUUGCAAAUUCUCACGCUGCUGUGCUCAAAUCUCGGUGAAAAUAUUGGGAGAUGACAUCAACGGCGCAAGGAGAACUCAAACAGAACCCUAAAACUCCAGUUGCUUCUCGCUUCAGCAUGAGGAGGCAGAAGAUAGCAGAACAUAGAAAGUCUCUUCCUAUUGCUUCAGUGGAGAAACGUCUUAUUGAGGAGGUUCAAAAGAAUGAUAUUCUGAUUAUUGUUGGUGAAACCGGUAGUGGGAAGACUACUCAGUUGCCUCAGUUUCUGUUCAAUGCUGGAUUCUGUCGGGGAGGAAAGAUGGUAGGGAUAUCACAGCCGAGUUGUAUCGCUGCUGUGACUGUUGCUAAAAGGGUAGCUGAGGAGUGUGAUGUUCAAUUAGGCCAAAGGGUUGGUUACUCCAUUAUGUUUGAUGAUACUACUUGUAGCUCCACGAGCUUAAAAUACAUGACUGAUGCUUUAUUGUUGAGAGAAGCCUUGGUGGAUCCGCUUCUUUCUAGAUAUUCAGUCAUUAUUGUCGAUGAAGCCCACGAGAGGACUGUUCAUACUGAUGUUUUACUGGCCUUGCUUAAAAAGGUGCAGCUGGAUCGGUCAAUUGGCAAUAAAGGGUUAGAAGUAGAAGCAAAAACAAACGAUGAGAUUGGUGGUGUGUUAAGAGGGUGUCAAAUAUCUCCGUUAAAGCUGAUAAUCAUGUCUGCAAGUUUGGAUGCACGUGUAUUCUCUGAGUAUUACGGUGGUGCCAAAGCUCUUCAUGUGCAAGGGAGACAGUUCACUGUGGACAUUCUUUACACUGUUCAUCCUGUAACAGAUUAUGCAGCUUUGGUCAUCACUAUAUUUCAGAUCCAUUUGGAGGAGAAGCCAGGUGAUAUACUUGUUUUCCUCACUGGUCAAGAUGAGAUUGAAUCUGUUGAAAGACUUGUCAAGAGGAAAAUACUUCCACUGGCUAUCUUUUCUGCACUUCCAUCAGAUCAGCUGAUGAGAGUUUUUGCUCCUGCGCCUAUUGGCUUCCGUAAGGUGGUUUUGGCCACAAAUAUAGCGGAGACAUCGAUUACAAUUCCUGGAAUAAGAUAUGUGGUAGACCCUGGGCGUGUUAAGGCACGAACCUAUGAUCCUAGCAAAGGAAUGGAGACGCUUGAUGCUGUUCCAACGUCAAAAGCACAGGUUCUUCAAAGAAGUGGACAUGCAGGACGUGAGGGUCCUGGCAAAUGUUUUCGUCUUUAUCGUCAGAGGGAAUUUGAGAAGCUGGAGGAUUCAACCAAACCAGAAAUCAAGAGAUGCAAUCUCUCUAAUGUCAUUUUGCAGCUCAAGGCUCUGGGAUAUGAUGAUAUUUUUGGAUUUGAUUUUAUAGAUAAACCAUCAAGGAGCGCCAUUGUAAAAGCAUUGGCGGAGUUGCACUUGCUUGGUGCCUUGACGGAUGAUUGCAAACUAGAAAAACCGGCUGGUGAUCAAAUGGCACGGCUCCCACUAGAUCCAGUUUACUCAAGAGCUCUAAUUUUGGCGAAUCAGUCCAACUGUCUUGAGGAAAUGUUAAUCACUGUUGCAAUGCUCUCUGUGGAAUCCAUAUUUUAUGAUCCUCCUCGUGAGAAGAGAGAAGAGGCAAGAACUUCAAGAAACCACUUUGCUAGCGUUGAAGGGGAUCAUCUAACUUAUCUUGGUGUUUAUCGAGAGUCGAAUGAGUUCUUGGAGGCGGAAAACAGUGAAGAAGCCGAAGUUGAUCAAACUUUGAGAAAAUGGUGUAAGGACAACUUCGUGAAUAGCCGUUCCUUGAAACAUGCUCGUGACAUUUAUAGAAAAAUUCGUGGGAACGUUGAACAGAUGGGUUUUAAUGUGUCUUCAUGCGGAAAUGACAUGCUUGAGUACCGUAGAUGUCUUGCUGCAUCGUUUUUCCUUAUAGCAGCUCAGAGACAAAUGGAUGGUACAUACAGGGCUUUGGAAAGUGGUGAGAUUGUGCACAUCCACCCAACUUCUGUUUUGUUCCGUUCCAAACCAGAGUGUGUUUUCUUCAACGAGCUUAUGCAAACCAGCAAAAAGUACAUCAAGAACCUGACAAGAAUUGAUCCCGUAUGGUCGGCUCAUCAUCAUUACAACACAGAAGAGUGACUUAACUCUUCUUGUUAAAACACAACCAGUGUUCCUAGAGAUCAUUUUUUGCAGACUAAUAAAUUUUACAAUACCACAACCAGCUUUCUAUGAUGUGGAUUAGUGAUUCUAUUCUAUUUUUUUUAUUGAACAAGAGUUAUUGUUGUUUUUGUAGUUUAUAACCUUCAAAACUCAAAAGGGCUAUAUUCCCUUUGUGCUUAAUCAAAGUGAAUGAUUGAAAAUUUACAGAA